AUGUCUGAACGAAAAGUUCUCACCAAAUACUACCCCCCUGACUUCGAUCCAAGUCAGAUAAAGAGAGUUAAGGGGCCUAAAAAUGCCGGCCCAAAAGUUCAGACUGUCCGCUUGGCGGCACCAUUGGCCUGCGAGAGUGGAGCAAAACGGAGUACAGAGCCAUGGCGGGUAGGAGUCGACGAGACGGACGAAGAGCGGUUAGACAGGUUAGAGAAGGAGGAAGAGGAACGCAAUGCCAUGGUAGAACUCGAAGCCAAGACUGUAGACGCGAAGCGUGAGAUGGCGGUCGCGGACGCGUUAGACGAGAUACGCACGAGGAAUGCCCGGUUAGAACGUGCGAACCAGGAUGGCGUAGAGGUGGGUGUCGAACUGCCCGUCGAUAAUGAGGCGGAGCGGCAAGAGAAAGAAGACGCAGAGGCGGCAAGGAGGGCUUUUGAGUUCGCGAGGCAGGUCGACCGUAUGACUGAAGACGUUAUAGACGAGGAGAUGGAUGACGUGGCGUCCGAUUCGACGUCGGCGCUCACGCCUGGAAGUAGCGGUAACGGUAACGGUAGCAGUGCCCCUCAAGCACAACCGGCAACAGCGUCGUCGUCGUCGGCAAAUGCGCCAUCCAAGGACAUGCCGCCCCCAUCCUUUAAGCGGGUUGUAAAAAGGAAAAGGGAUCACGCGGCAGCGCUUGGUAUUAAGAAGAAGGCCCCUCUCGUAUAG